GGCCAGUCCGUCGGAGUGUGUUGUGCAACGGGGAACGGCAGUGACAGUGCCAACAUGGUGGUCAACUUCAAGGUGUUCAAGAAGUGCUCCCCGAACGGCAAGGUGACGCUGUACCUGGGCAAGCGCGACUUCGUCGACCACAUCUCGGGCGUCGAACCCAUAGAUGGCGUGGUGACGGUGGACCCGGAGUACCUGCAGGGCCGCAAGGUGUUCGGCCAGGUGGUGUGCUCCUUCCGCUACGGCCGCGAGCAGGACGAGGUCAUGGGGCUCAACUUCCAGAAGGACCUGUUCCUCGCGUCCGAGCAGGUGUACCCGCCGCCCGAGAAGCUGGACAGGAACAACACGCGACUGCAGGAGCGACUGCUGAAGAAGCUGGGCCCCAACGCCGUGCCCUUCGCCUUCAACGUCCCCGCCAGCGCGCCGGCCUCGGUGAUGCUGCAGCCGGGCGCGGAGGACGAGGGCGAGCCGUGCGGCGUGCAGUACUACGUCAAGAUCUUCGUCGGCGAGACGGAGACGGACCGCAGCCAUCGAAGGAGCAGCGUGGCCAUGGGCAUCAGGAAGGUGCAGUACGCCCCCUCCAAGCAGGGCCGGCAGCCCUGCACCGUGGUGCGCAAGGACUUCAUGAUGAGCCCCGGCGAGAUGGAGCUCGAGGUGACCCUGGACAAGCAGCUGUACCACCACGGCGAGAAGAUCGCCGUCAACAUCUGCAUCCGCAACAACAGCAACAAGGUCGUGAAGAAGAUCAAGGCCAUGGUGCAGCAGGGCGUCGAUGUGGUGCUGUUCCAGAACGGCCAGUACCGCUCGUCCAUCGCGUCCAUGGAGACUCAGGAGGGCUGCCCCAUCCAGCCUGGGUCGUGCCUGCAGAAGGUCCUCUACCUCACCCCCACGCUCAGCUCCAACAAGGACCGGCGCGGCAUCGCCCUGGACGGACAGAUCAAGAGGGAGGACACCAACCUCGCGUCCUCCACACUGCUCGCCUCGCCGGACCAACGCGAUGCGUUCGGCAUAGUCGUGUCGUACUCCGUCAAGGUGAAGCUGUUCCUUGGCGCUCUGGGAGGAGAGCUCACCGCAGAGUUGCCAUUCGUGCUCAUGCACCCCAAGCCCUCGAAGGUGAGACUGGUGCACGCGGACAGCCAAGCCGACGUCGAGUGUUUCCGCCAAGACACCGUCGACUGCGCGGAUGUGGAAUUUGCGGUUCAGGCGUGUUAAUGUUUAAAUCUCAUCAUUUAUGGCCUCGAUUGACUUACUCCAAUUGCAAAGAGUGCCACAAAAUUGAAUUCACACUUUAUAUUUUUGCUACAUGUACAAUGUAAGGUAAUGCAUCUUUGAAUUUUGGAGGAAUUUUGAAAAUAAUGGAUAGGGUUUGUAUUUUAAUAUGUAUUUUUGGCAGACUGUGCAUUGAAGAGUUCCGCAAUGUGGGAUUGAAAUAAAAAUAUUAAGUAAAAUUGUUUUGGCAAAA